GCGGAUCCGCUAUACUUGCGUCCGCUAGAGUAUAUCAAUCGCUUGCCCCAGCACAGGUAAUGCUAAAUAUGAGGCGUGCGGAGCGGUGCGCGGACCGGCAUCGGGAGGGCGUGGCCUUAGGGGGCGCCCCUGUGGAGGAGGCACCUGGAAGGUCAGGGCUACCCAGUCCCGCCGGUACCGAGGGCGGAGAGGCUCCGCAGGUCCUGCUGCGGAGUCGGAGGGUUCUGCCGGGCUGUAAAGCCAUUUUCAGCGAGGCCGCUGCACGAACUUCCGAGGGAUGUUAGACCUAGAGUUGGCGCCAGCCCCACUGAGCUUUUCUAGUUCCGUCCCGACAUGCGCGCCCACUUUUGUGCGCACGCACGCACGCAGUACGUCGCUACGUCCCGUCUCUAGCCCUGACGCUCCGCCGGUCCCGUUCUGCAGGUGGGCGUCGCCGCCGACUUACCAACAACCAGGUCGGGGGCUCCCGGAAGUGCUCUUGCGGCUUACUGGCUGGCACAGCUGUCAUUCUUCUCUACAGAAGAGCUUCUCCUCAUCAACUGGGGAUGAUUACAGUUCUUCCUUAAAAAGGAUGGCUGCUCUUUUUCUAAAGAGGUUAACACUACAAACUGUAAAGUCUGAAAAUAGUUGCAUUAGAUGUUUUGGUAAACACAUCCUGCAAAAGACAGCACCAGCACAGUUGUCCCCUAUUGCUUCUGCCCCAAGACUCUCCUUCCUAAUUCAUGCAAAAGCCUUUAGUACCGCUGAAGACACCCAGAAUGAAGGAAAAAAGACAAAAAAGAAUAAAACAGCUUUUAGUAACGUUGGAAGAAAAAUUAGUCAGCGAGUUAUUCACUUAUUUGAUGAGAAGGGCAAUGAUUUGGGAAACAUGCACCGAGCAAAUGUGAUUAGACUUAUGGAUGAGCGAGACCUGCGACUGGUUCAAAGGAACACCAGCACAGAACCUGCAGAGUAUCAGCUCAUGACAGGAUUGCAGAUCCUCCAGGAGCGGCAGAGGCUGAGGGAGAUGGAGAAGGCGAACCCCAAAACUGGACCAACCCUGAGAAAGGAACUGAUUUUGUCUUCAAAUAUUGGACAACAUGAUUUGGACACAAAGACUAAACAGAUUCAGCAGUGGAUUAAGAAAAAACACCUAGUCCAGAUUACCAUAAAGAAAGGAAAAAAUGUAGACGUGUCAGAAAAUGAAAUGGAGGAGAUAUUUCAUCAAAUACUCCAGACUAUGCCUGGAAUAGCUACAUUCUCAUCUAGGCCACAAGCUGUUCAAGGAGGAAAAGCUUUAAUGUGUGUUCUUCGUGCUUUGAGCAAAAAUGAGGAGAAGGCAUAUAAAGAAACUCAAGAGACCCAGGAAAGAGACACUUUGAACAAAGACCAUGGAAAUGAUAAGGAAUCAAAUGUUCUGCAUCAGUAAUUUUAAUAAAGAAAAGCAUGCUCUGAGAGAAA